GUCCAAGCUGCAGCCCAGCCCCCUGCCCUGUGGUAAGAAUGGACGGCGACGCGGUAUGAUCUGAAAACAUAAUAUGGAGGAGUCGACAUGUUGAUGGAGGUGGUGCAUGGAAAAUGGGUGAAUAAAUUUACAGCAGCAGGGUUGGUGUGAACUAUGAUCGGCGGUAAACGGGCAGAGGAACGAGGAGAGAGAGAUCUGGAUCAACGUAAUCCAUCUGGACUUCAGGAGGGGGGAAGAAGAUGAGGACCAUGAUGGCUCCGAAGAUGAAAACAGCAUUAUUCGUAAUUGUGCACUGGGUGUUCCAGUAUGCUAUGUGUCGGGACGUGACUCUUCCCAACGGUCCACUUUUCCGUGUCGCCGGAUUCCGUCUCUCCUUGCCAUGUCAAGUGUCCGGAUAUGAAGGUUCACGUACCCAAGAAUUUGAGUGGUUUCUUUAUAGGAAUGAUGCUGGAGGAAAACAGAUAGGAGUGGUGUCCACCAGGGACAAAGGUUUCCCAUACGCCCCAUUCCAGGCCAGAGUGAGGAAUGGGGAGGUGAGGAUUGAGAGGGAUUCGGGGGAUAAGGUCCGAUUGGUGAUCCAGAGGCUUCGAGCUGAAGACGAGGGGAAAUAUGAAUGUUAUACACCCAGCACGGACAGCACCUACCAGGGAAAUUACAGCGCGUUGGUUCCUGUCAAAGUGAUCCCAGACUCACUCCAAAUCAGCUACAUUCGCUCUCUAACCAGCCAGCCUGUUCCUGAAGGAUCUGAAUUAACUCUGACGUGCUCAUCCAGCAUCCAGUCGGAGCAACUCACCCAUCUGUCCAUCGUGUUUGGGAAGCGGGGUGGUAGCGAGCGUUCGGACAGCGGCGCUGGCAGUGAGGUCAGCACGAUUAGAGAGAUCAUCUCCAUCGACAAGCUUCUAGGGGUUGUUCCAGGACGGUUCUACAAGAAACGCUACGAUGAUGGAGAGAUCACACUAGAGAAGAGGAACGGAGAGGGUGGACAGGGGUUGUACGUGAUGAAGAUGAAGGCGGUGCAGCCCGAUGACGCUGGGUCGUAUUUCUGUGAAGCCUCACAGUGGAUUAGGGACCCUGAUCGAACGUGGCAGAGGAUUGCUCAAAGGACCCUGGAUAUUGGCAACUUGACCAUUCAGCAACUGGCGGAGUCUCUGGGUGUAGCGUCUUCACCCCGGGGGGACGUGACUCUCCAGGUUGGGUCCCCUCUCAUUCUGACCUGUGAGGUGCUGGGGUUGGCAUCUGAGGUGAACUCGGGUCUGCUGGUGCAGUGGAUGAAGAGAGGAUCAGUCAGCAGUGAUGCUGUUGGAGCUGGAGGAGUAGAGGUUGAAGUGGCUCGGAUGAGCCCAGACGGUACUGUAAGCUGGGGAGACGACCUCAGCAGAGCCAGCGGCGGCUCUCUGGAGAAAGUGUCCGAGGGGAGGUACUCUUUAAAGCUCUUCUCAGCCCGACCUGCCGACUCAGGCGUGUAUCGCUGUGUGGUGAGUGUGUAUGCUGGCAGGAAAAACCCCAGCCCAUCUACUCCUGCAACGCUCACCCAGAGGUCAGAGGGUGUCACUGUCAACCUGAAGACCAAAGAUGUUUUGGUCUCAGCUGUGGCUCGGCUCCCGCGUGGCCCCCUGCUGAAACGAGGAAGCACCAUCACCAUAAUCUGCAACGCCACUGUGACAACCACAGGUCCGGUGCAGGUUCAAGUUCAGUGGCUGCAGCGGCCGAUUCCUGAACCAGUCAUCACAAGGAACUCAGAUGGCGCUCCCUUGGACGCUGAACUUGUAGCACAACCCAGGCUCAUUGCUACUCUGAUGUACAGUGGUGUAGCAAACAUCUACGUCAACGACAGUGAGAUCAGCAUCGACCGGCUUUCUGCCGUCAGCUACAGGCUGAGAAUUCACAUGGCAACAGUGGAGAACCAGGGAAUAUAUGGAUGUCGUGCAGAAGUGUGGGGUCAGGAUCCUCAUGGAGGCUGGUACGACACGGGGGCCAAAGCAGAGUCAAAUGAAGUGACUGUUUAUCUGUAUGCCAGAGCUGCUGACCUCCUUCUCAUCCCUCUGGUGAUCGGAGUCUCAUCGGCCUUGUUUGUCGGCAUCUUCAUCAUCGCAACCGUAACCUGCUGCUUUAUGAAGCGGCUGGCAAGACAGAGAGCUCCAAAAUAGGUGUCCGUGCUGCCGCCAGCUUUUUGGCUUUUUCUAUCUGAAGAGGUACUGCAGAGAUUACUGUGGCAGGAAAAUGUCACCCCACUCCAAAAUGACCUCAAGACUAAAUUAAGGAGUUUGACAUAUUUUAAUAUGGAUUUUCUGUGUUUGGACACGAGUUUCACAAUUACUGCCAAAAUGUUGUUGUUUUUUUUUUGUUGUUUUUUUUUUUUUACUCAAUGUCAUGUCUUGCACCCAUAAGGUUUGAAUCAUUGAUUUAUCUGCUACACUUUUUAAGUGGAGUUUAUAUCUGUUUUUAUGCCAUGCUAAACCACAUUUUCAUAAUUUUUUUUAAGUUGUGAUUAAACUAAAUAAGUAAAGAUUAUUGAAGAGGUUUGAAGCUGAAAUCUGUACAGGUUUCACUGAAGUUAACUUCUCUGUAAAAAUGAUCAAGAAUCACAAAGCAAUGCCACUCAACUCAUCAGAUUAUUUUUAUAUGAUGCUGGACAUGUAGGUCUUCAUAUGUUUGCUAUUGGUGCAGAGUUCAUGUGGAUAAUUAUAAUUAUUUUUUCCGCUUGCUCCUUGUUUUAAACUGUGUUUUUGUUUUGAAUGCAAACCCUCACAAUGUGUAAAUGUAUGUGCAUGGCUUGAGGCCCUCACUGACAGUCACAUGAAUGCUGAGCCUCCACUUUCUUAAAAUGAGCAGGGACAGUCUGCCGUCCAGAGCCCAGAGCAGCUCUGCAAGUAAACAAAGCGUCAGUCUGUCUGUGAGUUAACAAGGAGGCAUAUGGCUGGGAACUUUCUCAUGUCAAGCACCAGUUGAUGCUUCAUUCUGUUGAGAACUUUCAAAGCAGGUUUAUGUUUUAUGCAUUUUACUAAGAUUAAAGGAGGUACCAUCUGCAUUGAGUGGAAAUCUCUUCAAACUUUGUUGAAUCUGCCUGUGAAAUGUACUUAAUGUAGGAUGGUGCUGCAGCACCAUGUUUCUAUGUAAAGUACCUGUGAUUAGCAUGCUGCCUCAGUCUGCUCCUUUAAAGCACUUGGACAAAAACGAGUCUGGGACCAAAGCCCAUUGGUAUCGUUUACGCUAUAAUCUUCCAGCCAAAAAGCAAAUUCUUUGCUUUUUUUUCUUGUUUGUAGGGUCAAUGCUUCUGAGUUGCAGAAUAACAAUUGUGUUUUGUUUUUAAAUUAUGUGUUUGUUGUUUAACGGAAGCUGCAGUUUUCCAGCCAUGUGAUCUGAUAGUUUGGUUAAGUAUCUCUAUCAUUCUUGUCCUCAUGUGGUCCAGAGCUCUUUAGAAAGCUUUUUAUGACUAUGGCUCCCACUGCUAGCCCACAAAAAUGUGUUGGACAGAUUCAGUGCGUCUGUACACUUAAUCUAUCCUCCUCUUCCUGUUGAAAGUUACUCCUGAAGAAAGUGUGGUCUCUUUCUCUCUGCAGGAGACUGUCUGCCUGGUUGUGCUUCCAAAAACCCUGAUCAUUAAUGUUCAAAGACAGUUUGGAGUAACGUCACAGCGAUGCUUGCUUCCUGAGCCACUUUGUGCCAGACCCAAAGCUGAUCUGUUCCCCAACAUGCACGCCCUCAAUGUCCUUGCACACCAACGCGGAAACCCGCGAGCGCAGCAGCAGAGGCAUGACAGGGCUGUCUGGAUGUGUUUUCAGAUGGCAGUAAGCGAGUAUCUGCGUAUUCAUCUCUAAUCCCCGUAUAUGGCUGCAGCGAAUCCCGCCGCCCUUCCCCCAUGCUGCGUGUGGCUCACAUUCGAUUUGUUUCCAGUCUCUGAUCUUUGUGAAUAGUUUUUGCACAGUGUCAAAAAAUAUAAACACUACUGCAUAAAAUGUGCAUUUGUGUAAAAUGUUCUCAACAAAUGUUUUUGUUAAGAGUUGUUUACUGAUGGCAUGCUCUACUAUUCCUGAAUGCAUUGUACUGCCAUUCACUUCUGUUUCUUAUGGUGCUUUGGCAAACCUGCCAGCUGAUCAAACACCAAUAAAACAAUCUGGAUUUUCA